GAUACCCGCCGUGCUCCACCCACCGGCCCUGUGAGCUCUGGGGGAUGUUUGUCCGCCAUCGCGGAGGAGUUUUAGUCAGUGCCUGAGCAGACAGCCCCCCCGGGCCCCCCCGGCACUGCGCUGCACACACAGCCGGCGGAGCCUGCGGAGGACGCGAGAGGGUGACCGGUCAGGCGGAGCAGCCCCCCAGCUCGCUGACAGGCCGGGCCCGGGGCCUCCUCACACCGAAACCCGCCAGGGAGGAGAGGGAGGAGGAGGAGGGGGGACACAAGGAGGGGCCCCGGGGCCGAGACACGACAAGCAGCCGCCGACAUGUCGAACCUCCACAAAGCCCCCGGGAAGAAGGACACCAAGAUGAGGAUCCGGGCAUUCCCGAUGACCAUGGAUGAGAAAUACGUAAAUAGCAUUUGGGAUCUCCUCAAAAAUGCAAUACAAGAAAUUCAGCGGAAGAACAACAGUGGGCUAAGUUUUGAAGAACUGUAUAGAAAUGCAUAUACUAUGGUGUUGCACAAGCAUGGGGAGAAACUCUAUACAGGUUUGCGAGAAGUGGUGACAGAACAUCUUAUAAACAAGGUUCGAGAAGAUGUUUUAAACUCUCUUAACAACAACUUUUUACAAACCCUUAAUCAGGCUUGGAAUGACCACCAAACGGCCAUGGUAAUGAUUAGAGACAUUUUGAUGUACAUGGAUAGAGUUUACGUUCAGCAAAACAAUGUUGAAAAUGUCUACAAUCUGGGGUUGAUCAUAUUCCGUGAUCAGGUUGUGCGUUAUGGCUGCAUAAGGGACCACUUGCGACAGACCUUGUUGGAUAUGAUUGCAAGAGAGCGCAAAGGGGAAGUGGUGGAUAGAGGUGCCAUAAGAAAUGCUUGCCAGAUGCUAAUGAUUCUUGGCCUUGAAGGGAGGUCAGUCUAUGAAGAAGAUUUUGAAGCUCCGUUUUUGGAGAUGUCUGCAGAAUUCUUCCAGAUGGAAAGUCAGAAGUUUUUAGCUGAAAAUAGUGCAUCUGUGUAUAUAAAGAAAGUAGAGGCAAGAAUAAAUGAAGAAAUAGAACGUGUGAUGCACUGUUUAGACAAAUCAACAGAAGAGCCCAUUGUGAAAGUUGUGGAGCGGGAGCUCAUAUCCAAGCACAUGAAGACUAUAGUUGAGAUGGAGAACUCUGGCUUAGUCCAUAUGCUGAAAAACGGAAAGACUGAAGAUCUGGCUUGCAUGUACAAGUUGUUUAGCAGAGUUCCAAAUGGUUUGAAGACUAUGUGUGAGUGUAUGAGUUUGUAUCUUAGAGAACAAGGCAAAGCUCUCGUUUCUGAAGAGGGAGAAGGGAAGAACCCAGUCGAUUAUAUUCAGGGACUGCUCGAUCUGAAAAGCCGCUUUGACCGUUUUCUCCAAGAAUCCUUCAACAAUGACCGUCUUUUUAAGCAAACCAUUGCUGGCGAUUUUGAGUAUUUCCUAAAUCUAAAUUCCAGGUCUCCCGAGUACCUUUCCCUAUUUAUCGAUGACAAGCUUAAAAAGGGAGUCAAAGGAUUGACGGAACAAGAGGUAGAGUCUAUUCUGGAUAAGGCAAUGGUCCUUUUCAGAUUCAUGCAAGAAAAAGAUGUUUUUGAACGAUAUUACAAGCAACAUUUGGCUAGAAGGCUGCUCACAAAUAAAAGUGUCUCUGAUGACUCUGAAAAAAAUAUGAUCUCAAAGUUGAAGACAGAGUGUGGGUGUCAGUUCACAUCAAAGCUGGAAGGAAUGUUCAGAGAUAUGAGCAUCUCAAACACCACUAUGGAUGAAUUCAGGCAACAUUUACAAACUACAGGGGUGUCUUUAGGCGGAGUUGAUCUCACAGUCAGAGUUCUUACCACUGGCUAUUGGCCUACACAAUCAGCCACACCAAAGUGCAAUAUCCCACCAGCUCCCAGACAUGCUUUUGAAAUAUUUAGAAGGUUUUAUCUUGCUAAACACAGUGGUCGACAGCUCACAUUGCAGCAUCAUAUGGGCUCUGCAGAUCUUAAUGCCACAUUUUAUGGACCUGUAAAAAAAUACCAGGAGGAUGGCUCGGAAGUUGGUGUUGGAGGAGCUCAGGUCACUGGCUCGAACACACGGAAACACAUCUUGCAAGUGUCAACCUUCCAGAUGACGAUAUUAAUGCUCUUCAACAACAGAGAAAAAUAUACUUUUGAGGAAAUACAACAAGAGACAGACAUACCAGAACGAGAACUUGUGAGAGCUUUGCAGUCUCUGGCCUGUGGUAAACCCACUCAGCGGGUUCUCACAAAGGAGCCCAAGUCAAAAGAAAUAGAGAGCGGUCACAUGUUCACAGUCAAUGAUCAGUUCACUUCCAAAUUACACAGAGUUAAGAUUCAGACAGUGGCUGCCAAACAAGGAGAAUCUGACCCUGAGCGAAAAGAGACCCGACAGAAAGUGGAUGAUGACCGAAAGCAUGAAAUAGAAGCUGCCAUUGUUCGGAUUAUGAAGUCUAGAAAGAAAAUGCAGCACAACGUACUAGUAGCAGAGGUAACACAGCAGCUGAAAGCCCGAUUCCUUCCAAGUCCAGUUGUUAUUAAAAAGCGUAUUGAAGGACUUAUUGAGCGAGAAUAUUUAGCGAGAACACCUGAAGAUCGCAAAGUAUACACCUAUGUAGCAUAGAAAUUGCGUCCUGCUAAUUGAUUUAUUCUUGGACUUCAUACCCCUUCGCAUGAACUGGGAAGUUCUUUUAAAUCAUUAUGCGUUUGCGAACGCCAUCUCCUACUAAAUUACAGUACGUGUUCUAGAACGUGCACAACAAGCCUACAAGAAAUUUCAACAUUGGUAUUGCUUGGGGCCUUUCAACCAUUACUUUUGUAGAUAUCAUUUACACAGUUCUUAUGGGGGAAUUGUUAACAUGCAGGUUUUUUUUCUCCUCUCUCAAUACUGUACUGAAAGAACAAACACCAAAAAAAUAAAAAAUUUAGAAAAAUGUCAAGUCAAUAAAAUUGUUGGGAUUUUACUCCCUACUCCCAAAUUUUA